AUCCCGCGCCGCGUGUGCCGUGAGGCCGCUGGGGCAGCGGAGGUGCCUCCCCGCUGAGAAGCGAGCCGGAGCGGCGUCCCGUGGGGAAGAUGAGCGGCACCAGCGCCAGGUCCAGCCACCUGUCUCAGCCGGUCGUGAAGAGCGUGCUGGUGUACCGCAACGGGGACCCCUUUUUCGCGGGGCGCCGCUUCGUCUUCCACGAGAAGAAGGUGUCCAGCUUCGACGUCUUCCUCAAGGAGGUGACGGGCGGCGUUCAGGCGCCCUUUGGGGCCGUCAGGAACAUCUACACCCCGCGGACCGGGCACCGCAUCCGGAAGCUAGACCAGAUCCAGACCGGGGGCAACUACGUGGCUGGGGGCCAGGAAGCCUUCAAGAAACUCAAUUACUUGGACAUAGGAGAAAUCAAGAAAAGACCAAUGGAAGUUGUGAAUACAGAGGUAAAACCAGUAAUCCACAGCAGGAUCAAUGUGUCAGCUCGCUUUAGAAAACCGCUUCUGGAACCCUGCGCUAUCUUCUUGAUUGCAAAUGGAGACCUUAUAAACCCAGCUUCUAGACUCCUCAUCCCUAGAAAAGCCUUGAAUCAGUGGGAUCAUGUACUACAAAUGAUCACGGAAAAAAUAACUCUGAGGAGUGGGGCUGUCCACAGACUUUAUACUUUAGAAGGAAAACUGAUUGAGAGUGGGGCAGAGUUGGAGAAUGGGCAGUUUUACGUGGCUGUCGGCAGAGAUAAGUUUAAGAAAUUGCCUUACAGUGAAUUACUUUUUGACAAGUCAACGAUGAGAAGGUCUUACGGUCAGAAAGCCUCUUCACUACCUCCUAUUGUAGGAUCCAGAAAGUCUAAAGGGAGUGGAAAUGAUCGCCAAUCUAAGUCAACAGUCGGAUCCAGCGACAACUCAUCUCCUCAGCCUCCAAAGAGGAAAGGGAAAAAAGAAGAUGUGAAUUCAGAAAAACCCACGAAAAGGAAACAGAAUGUAAAGUUAAAGAGUUCGCCGCAAACAAUUCCAAACAGUGAUGAAGGCGUUUUCAAAGCUGGAGAGGAAAGAUCAGAAACGCGGGGGGCUGCAGAAGUCCAAGAAGAUGAAUAUACUCAAGUUGAGAUUCCAGUUGACCAGAGGCCAGCAGAAAUAGUAGAUGAGGAAGAUAGAGAGAAAGAAAAUAAGGAAGUGGGACAGAAGGAAGACUUUUCAGGAAUGAAUGGUGGAGUUGAAGAGGAAGGAGGCGGGGAGGCUACCAAAGCUCCAGAGCAAGCAGAGAUCCUGGAUCACAGGGAGGAGCAGGCAGGUCCUGCUCGUGUGAGCAGAGGCACCAAUGAAGAAAAUGGCGAGGAACCGGACCAGGUUAAUAAUGAGCUCCAAGAAGCAGUGGACGAGGAAAUAAAGUCUCAAGGAGCUGGCAGUGGAUGUGAAGAGGCUGACUUGGACCCUCAAAGACCACCAAAGCCAGAAGUAAAAAUCACCAGCUCACAAGAAAAUGAUAACAGUGAACAAAACAAGGAUAAUCUGUCAUAGCGUGGAUGAUUUUAAAAAAGAGAUUAUAUUGAGUUUAAGAAAAAUUAAGGGUUAUAAUACUCGAAUAAUAAGCAUAUAGUUAUUGCUAAACAUAAUGUGACAAUAUGGUUGAAUACUACCUACUGAAAUUUAAAAUUAGAGGCCAAACUAAUGGGAAACACUAGAUAACUUUGAAUAGCUACUAAAGCAGAGUGACUUUUUAUGAGAUGUGUUUUAAAAAGUCAUUUAGAAAAAUUAAACAAGAGUAAUAGAGGGGAAUUUGCACUGGAAGACAAUUGGCCACUUGUCUUUGUAAAGAUGAAAAAGAACGAGAUCAUUACUGUUCUUGGUAAGUGAGAUUAUUAGAUGGCAGCUUAUGCUAAAGCACUUAUCUAAGAGGCACAGAAUUAAAAAAAAAUAUAAUAGGAAAGCAUGUACUAUUUCUUUUAAAGCAAUAAACUCUUGAAUAAACAAA